CAUGGCCAGUCAACUUACGCUCGAACAAAUUGACUGGGCAGACCACAAAUUUGUCUCGACAUCUCCACCUACCCAGCUACCCUCACUCUGUUCAUAUACUUUAAUCAAUAUUAAAAAAAUGAAGUAAAAGCUCAAAUUCUACUAAUACAUAGUAAAAAGAUGGGUUGAUAAUAAAAGGAGCCAAAAUACUGAAACAGAAAUACAGAGGAAGGAAGAGGGUAUUGAGAUUGAGAAAGGUAAUGGGGAAGAGUAAGGUUCUUGUGGUGGGUGGAACAGGAUACAUAGGAAGGAGGAUAGUGAAGGCAUGCUUAGCAGAGGGCCAUGAAACCUUUGUGCUUCAACGCCCUGAGUUGGGCCUCCAAAUUGAGAAGAUUCAGAUGUUACUCUCUUUGAAGAAGGAAGGUGCCCAUUUAGUUGAAGCCUCUUUCUCUGAUCACAAGACCCUUGUUGAUGCCGUUAAGCGUGUUGAUGUUGUCAUCAGUGCCAUCUCUGGCGUUCAUAUUAGGAGCCACAGCAUCACUUUGCAACUCAAACUUGUUGAGGCCAUCAAGGAAGCUGGGAACGUUAAGCGUUUCUUGCCUUCCGAAUUUGGCCUUGACCCAGCAAGGAUGGGACAUGCAUUAGAACCAGGAAGGGUAACAUUUGAUGAUAAAAUGGCUGUAAGGAAAGCCAUAGAGGAAGCUAAGAUCCCUUUCACUUACAUCUCUGCAAACCUUUUUGCUGGAUACUUUGCUGGCAGUCUCUCUCAAAUGGGGUCUUUUAUGCCUCCAAGGCACAAGGUGCAUCUCUUUGGAGAUGGCAAACUCAAAGCUGUUUUCCUGGAUGAAAAUGAUGUUGCCACAUAUACAAUCAAGACAAUAGAUGAUCCUCGAACCCUUAACAAAACAUUGUACCUAAGGCCCCCAGAAAAUGUUCUCUCCCAAGGAGAGCUUAUUGGAAUUUGGGAGAAGCUUAUUGGGAAGGAACUGGAGAAAACAUACAUAACUCCAGAAGGCUUUCUUACAACAUUGAAAGGUUUGGAUUAUAAACUUCAAGUAGGAAUUGGGCACUUCUAUCAUAUAUUCUACGAGGGAUGUUUAACAAAUUUUGAAAUUGGGGACGAUGGAGAAGAAGCAUCCAAGCUUUACCCUGAAGUGAAUUACACACGCAUGGAUGAGUACCUAAAAAUUUAUGUGUAAUAGGAACUCGUUCUUUACGAAUCAGUGAUUCAAACAUGAACAUGACUGUUAGCUAAAAUAACCUUUAUUGAAAGGGUAUGAGUGUGUGACAUGAUAUGAAACCCAACAGGCAAUUGGUUUUAUC